GAAUACAUAAGACACACAGGAAAAAAAACGUUGGAAUUCAUUGAAAAUCGUCUCUAUAAUGUGUCUCCCCUUUUGCUCCACAUUUGCACUCUCUAAUGCUCCAUCCGCUUUUCCGCUCUCCGUCAAAUUUCUCUCUCCCACUCUCUUUAAACGAAAAUUUUAAUCAAAUUCAACCAGUAGUGUACAGCAAUUUCGCGCUGUUCUGCGCUUCUGACCAGAAAGUAAAUGGGGAAAAUGCACACGGGAAAAGUGUUUACCCUACCAACCAACAUGUUGCUUCCUCUCAACAUCAUUUUUCGAAACGUAAAUUCAGUUGGUGUAUGGCAGUCGUUACGGUUAUGUCAUUACAAUCCGACAAUCUGAAACUUUUCAAACAAUUUAUUUACACUUUUUGCUAAGAGAUUUUCUUUUCUAUCGUUUUUUUUUUUUUGUUGUUUUUGUUUUGUUGGUUCGUCUUUUUUGAAUCGUUAGAAUAUAAGUCAUAAAAAGUUACCAAACUUAAAUCUCGGCUCCGCAUUUUAUAUUUCUUUUUCACACAAACUUAUAGUGUAUUGUUAAGGGUAAAUAAUUUUUUUUUCUGCACUCAUUCUGCAACUAACAGUUCGCUCGGAAAUGAGAUUUGUGUUAACUAAUAUUGUAAAUAUAUGAAAAAGUUUUUGUCAGCUUUUUUCGGGAAUGUGUAUAUAUUCAACACUCAGAAACAUGUAAGGACUCUACAUUAAAAUCCUUUGUUACGGUCAUGACAAUUUUCCAUAUAGAGAACAAUACAAUUCAAAAGUGUAGGAAAUUUAGAGAAGUGUAAAACGAAUUUGUCGUUGGCAUGAAUUUUAAAUUAUGUUUUACAUGAAAAUCGUCUGCAAUGUGUAUGUAACGAGUUCAACAGAUCAUCACUCGUAACAAAUGGAUACUAUAUUGCAACGAAAAAUGGAGUAUUGAGAGAAUUGUGAGAUAUUAUUAAGUUAAGUGCAUAGUGUAUCAAACAUGACCCAUUGUGUGUGCGUUGUUACAUAACCAUUUUAUAAAAAAAAAAUUGUGAAUUUCAUAUUAUAGUUCGACAGUUGUUCGAAUAUUCGACUAUACGAAUGAAAAAAUUGAGAGAAAAAAUGCGAAAUAACUCAAAAACUGCUGACGGACACUAAGUGAUUUUAGUAAAAAGUAAAAAAGAAUUUACAAAAUUAGCGAGCUUCAUCUUAAAAUGUAAGACAAUAAUUUAUUGAAUAAGCAAAAAAAAAACUGUUAAAACUGUUGUCUGUUAAAAUCAAAUCAAAAAGUAAAUGUAGAAAAGUGUUAUGAAAACUUAAACUUUAUUUAUCAAUAUCAACAUUCGAAUGGUAUGUCUUCCACAAUGAACUGAAACGGAUUUUUUUUUAAAACACAAAACCAGAGUUGAAAACUAAAACAUAAAAUGGAACCAAACAUUACAUCCAGAAGUAGGCCACCACGGCUCGCUACAAUGGACCGUACAAUUUCGAUGUCCAUAGAAAACUACAUACCACCACCGUCGGCAUCGUCAUCUGGCGUCCGUAGCAUACACAGCAUCAACGAUCAUCAAAUCGACCAGCCGCUAUCGAUGCCGAAGGAUUUUAAUCGCUAUAAAUUGUAUCACAUGAAUCGUAGUCAUAAUUCUGUUGUCAGUGACGAACCUCCCAUUUUCACCCGUAAACCACUGUUGAAACGAUCCGAUACAGUGAAUGUCCACUCGGAUGCCAUGGAAAUGAAGAAAACCCAUUCGUUUCAGUCGUCUAUGGAUGUUCAACCCACAAUUGCCGUCAUAUCCGAUAUGGUACCGCCGUCAAAGCGGGCCGCAAGUUUUCGAUUACUGCCCGUGUACGUAGGUGAUAUAAAGUUAGACAAAAAAUCUCCGACACCAUCCAUUCGGCGUAGCUGUAAAAUGCAUCGAUCAUUCAAUGAACAAACGAGAAAGGUUGACCAACGAAAGGAGAAUGUUAUUGAAGCGAUAAAAUGCCAUUCGUUGGGCGAUGAGGAUUCAAAUUUUCCGGAAGUGAAGAAAAAAUUGUCACCAAAAUUUAGCACUGGAUUAUCAAUGGAAGACGAGGUUUAUCGGUCGGGUAGUAGUAGCCGUAAUCAUUCAAUAGAUCAAAUAACUGACGGUGAUCAUUCUGUGUCGCGGAAGCUUAGCUCACAGAGUCUAGACAAACAAUAUAAAUUUCAUAGAGGAUCCAAAUAUUCGCACAGUUUUUAUUUAACGCCGAACUCACCGGAAGAACUGACUGAAAAUAUACCAUUUCGAGAAAAACGACAACACAGUGCAUCAGUACGGGCACGUCCUCAUCGUGAAAUGUACUCAUUAGGCGCAACCAAAAAAUCGAAAAGUUUUAUGAAUAAACCGGAAUUUGAACGAUCACCGCAAUCACUACAACGGCGACGCGAUAGUUCGAAAAUUUUUACGACUGAAAAUGGCAAGAAAAGUCCAUGCAAUCUGUUAAUUCCCGAAAGUGUUCACUCAGUAGACAGUAGAUCGAAUAUGAGUCCCACUGCAUUGGACUACGAUUCAAUAAUACGCGUGUAUCAACAGAAUCGACGAAAAAGUUCGGUACUGCCGGUGGAAAAGAAAACGAAAAAUGUGCUGGAUGCGACUGGCAGCGACGGAGAACUGUAUCGAAAACGUCGGAAAAUCAUAUGCAUAAUUGUAACCGUAUUUUUUAGUUUGUUAUUCGCGAGCGUGUUCGUGGUCAUUUUUACGUUAACUCAUUCGGUAGAUACGCUGGUUCAAAAUCAGACGAAAAAGGUGUACACAUUUUCGAGAGACGUUCCCAUUCAUCACAAUGUUCGCCAGGAAAAUGAAAGACUCAUGCAGGAAUCUUUUAAUCGAGCCAAAUUUGCCAAAAAUUUUACUGAAACAGCGCCGCUAGCUGCUUCUGAGGAAAUUCCAUAGCGACAUUCAAUAAAUUCCUUUCUUAUUUUUCAACAAGGUUUCAGCCGUUUAAGAUAAUUUCUUCACUGCAUAAUAUGACGAUGAUGAUGAUGAUGGAAAUGAUGAUGAAAAAAAAAUUGUAAUGUAUGUUGAGUUUAGAUGUUAUAUGUAUUAGCUGAUAUAUAACUUAUUCGUAUGUGUUUAACGAACCGACCAUCAUGUUAAAUUGUUGCGGUUAUUAUUAAUAAAUAUAAAAGUUCAUUAUGGAAAUCAUUGUGGAAAUCGAAAUUAAAUUGGAAAAUAUUUCAGGCUA